UUCAUGAUCCAAGAUUUCUUUGGGGUCAAGGGGUUUCCAGUGGCCCUUACAAAAUGGAAGGUGCCAGCCCCGAGGAACAAAUGGAAGUUGAAAACGUGGGGCGGACCAUUAGCUUUCAGUCUAUGCUUGCCCUCAACGAGCUAAGACAGCAAAAUCUGCUUUGCGACGCCAUAAUUCGGUUAGAAGAUGGCAGCGCUUUCUCAAUACAUCGUGCCAUCAUGUCGGCAUGUAGUCCGUAUUUCAGGGCUCUUUUCACCACCUCCCUCCAUCAAAACGAACGAACCGAUGUCCUCAUUCGAGAUGUUUCGUCUGAGGCCAUGCGGCUCGUUAUCGAAUACGCCUACACACGAAACACUUUGGUCGACUCCGAGAAUGUGGAAAUGUUGCUGCGAACUGCCGACUACUUCAACAUCGAAGGCAUGCUGAAGGACACCUGUAACUUCCUAAUGAUGGAAGUAGGACCCAGGAACUGCUUCGGAAUACGGAAGUUUGCAAGCUUCUACAACUGCGCAGAACUGGAAAACGAAAUUCAUAAUUACAUCAUGCGAUACUUUGUUGACAUUGCUCACGCCAAUGAUAACGAAGAGUUGUUAAAUCUACCUCCGGAUGAAAUGUGUGCUAUUCUUGGUGCUGACAAUCUAAACGUCAAAAAUGAAGAAGUGGUAUGGGAAACAAUGCUCAACUGGAUAGAAAGAGAGCCCAAAAACAGGAAGCAACACAUUCACGAGCUGAUGAAACAAAUACGGCUCGGGCUUCUAGAAACUUCAUACUUCGUUGAAAAGGUGAAGAACCAUCCGUACGUGAUCGAGAAUGAAGACUGCCGGCCUCUGAUAAUCGAGACGCUCAAGUUCAUCUACGACCUGGAGAUGAUCACGCAGCGGGACGGCGAGGUCACCACGCCAGAGCUGGCACGGCCGCGCGUGCCCCACGAGAUCCUGUUCGCCAUCGGCGGCUGGAGCGGCGGCAGCCCGACCAACUUCAUCGAGACGUACGACACCAGGGCCGAUCGCUGGGUCAAGGUGCGGGAGGUGGACCCUGCCGGUCCCCGAGCAUACCACGGCACUGCCGUCAUCGGGUUUGACAUCUACGUCAUCGGUGGCUUUGACGGCAUGGACUACUUCAACUCGUGUCGCUGCUUCAACGCCGUCACAAAGCAGUGGCGAGAAGUGGGGCCGAUGAACGCUCGCAGAUGCUACGUAAGCGUGGGCAUCCUCGACAGCUUCAUCUAUGCCAUGGGGGGAUAUGACGGCCACCACCGACAAAACACCGUGGAGCGCUACAACCCGCGCACCAACCAGUGGUCGAUGGUGGUGCCAAUGCAUAUGCAGCGCUCGGACGCUUGCGCCACGACUUUAAACGGGAAGAUCUACAUCGCAGGCGGCUUCAACGGCCAGGAGUGUAUGAACUCGAGUGAGAUGUACGACCCAGACACUAACCAGUGGACCAUGCUGGCUCCAAUGCGGUGUCGGCGCUCGGGCGUGUCCUGCAUCGGCUACCAUAACCAGCUCUACGUGCUCGGAGGGUUCAACGGGAUAUCCAGGAUGUGCAGUGGAGAGAAGUAUAACCCCGAGACGGAAACAUGGACGCCAAUUCCGGACAUGUACAACCCGAGGUCAAACUUCGCCAUUGAGGUUAUUGAUGACAUGAUCUUUGCCAUCGGUGGAUUCAAUGGUGUCACGACCAUCUACCACGUCGAGUGCUACGACGAUCGAAACAGUGAAUGGUACGAGGCGACUGACAUGAAUAUAUACCGGUCGGCGCUAUCCGCCUGCGUUAUCAUCGGGCCACCCAAUGUCGGCGACUAUAUCCACAAACACCGGGAUAAGCUGAUGGAGGAGAAAAGGCAAAAGCUGCUGGCUCUUCAGAAUAACCAAAGGACGUGACGAAGAAACCCUGUUAACGUGCAGCAUAGGAGGACAAACUAUGAUUGCUGUUUGGAUUUACAAGAAAUUAAUGGAACGGUUUUGGUACAAAAAUCUUAUUGGAUUCUCGAGGAAGCGGUCGUAAAUUUCCGAUUAUCAUCCGCCAAUUAGUGCACAAUAAAUCAGCAAGUAUCAUCAAGAUCUUGCCUCGAAAACCUAGCCACUGCAUUUUUGGCAGCUACCGGAUCCGUGCACAGAUAGACAGAUUUUUUGUUUAUAUACACACAACGGCAAAUCGGA